UCGCGCAGCGAUGGCGGAGGCUGUGGAGCGCACUGACGAGCUGGUCCGGGAGUAUCUGCUCUUCCGCGGCUUUACGCACACGCUGAGGCAGCUGGACGCCGAGAUCAAGGCGGACAAGGAGAAAGGGUUCCGGGUGGACAAGAUUGUGGACCAGUUGCAGCAGUUAAUGCAGGUGUAUGACUUGGCUGCCCUUCGGGAUUACUGGAGUUACCUGGAACGGCGACUCUUCAGUCGCUUGGAGGAUAUAUAUAGACCCACCAUCAACAAGCUGAAAACCAGCCUGUUCCGCUUUUAUCUUGUCUACACCAUCCAGACAAACAGAAAUGACAAAGCUCAAGAGUUCUUUGCAAAGCAGGCCACAGAGCUCCAGAACCAGGCCGAGUGGAAGGAUUGGUUUGUCCUGCCCUUCCUGCCAUCCCCAGACACCAACCCCACCUUCGCUACCUACUUCUCUCGACAGUGGGCCGAUACCUUCAUUGUGUCCCUGCACAACUUCCUGAGCGUCCUGUUUCAGUGCAUGCCAGUUCCCGUAAUCCUGAACUUCGAUGCGGAAUGCCAGAGGACCAACCAGGUUCAAGAAGAAAAUGAAGUUCUUCGCCAGAAGCUUUUCGCCCUGCAAGCCGAAAUCCACCGCCUGAAGAAAGAGGAGCUGCAGCCGGAGGAGGAAGAGGCCUUGGUCCAGCACCAGUUGCCUCCUUAUGUCUCCCACAUGGACCGCCUGGGGGACUCGGAGCUGGCCAUGGUGUGCAGCCAGAGGAACACUUCCCUGUCGCAGUCGCCUCGAGUGGGUUUCCUGUCCUCCCUGCUGCCUCAGAGUAAGAAGAGCCCCUCAAGGUUGUCGCCUGCCCAGGGUCCCUCUCAGGCUCCGAGCUCAGCCAGGAAAGAGCCUCUCAGCGGUCAGGUGAGUGCAAGGCCUGCGUUUCUAACUGCCAAGAGGCCCCUGGCUUCCGAGACUGUAUUUUCCGACUUUGUUUGUUCUGUUCUUAGGACUGAUUUCUCUGGUAUGCUGGUGAGAUCCUAA